GUUACCAUGGAAAUAAUGCUGCACCGUUUAAACCUUUCUGAUUCUUCUGACAUAUGAGAGGACAUUUUGAUCCUGCAGAGGAUAUCUCUAAAGUGUCUUCAUAGAAGAGAGGUGAUUCCUGGAUAGAGGCGAGGAGUCAAGUGUCCAACAGGAAAAUGUCAUCACUGGAAGAGAAUCUGACCUGCAAAGACAAGGAGAAAGAUGAGAAGGGAGUGAGUGUGGGACCUUUGGAUCAACCUACCAAGAAGAAGAAGAAGAAGCUGUACCGCUGUGAACCGUGUGACAAGAGCUUUGGUACUUCUUACAAGUUAAGAUGUCACCAACGUGUCAAAGGAGAAAAGCCGUUUCCCUGUGAGACCUGUGGGAAGCGUUUUCCUGAGAAAAGGAAAUUGAAUCGACACCAACGGAUUCAUACUAGAGAAAAGCCGUUUCCCUGUGAGACCUGUGGGAAGCGUUUUACUAGGUUAGACUCUCUGAAACGUCACCAGCAGAUUCACACAGGAAAACCCCCGUUUCCCUGUGACCAAUGCAACAAGAGCUUUGAUUCUUCUUACAAGUUAAAACGUCACCAACGUGUCCACAUUGGAGAAAGGCCGUUUACCUGUGAGAUCUGUGAGAAGCGUAUUUCUGGGAAAGGGAAUCUGAAUCGACACCAACAGACCCACAAAAGUCAGGAGCUGUAACGUGUGUGUGUGUGUGAGCAGUACAAGGAGAGUUUACGUGUCACCACCAGCAUAUCCACCGUGAUGUCACCAGGAGUAAAAAUCAUUUUAAUGUGUUAAACUUUCAAAAACAUUGUUUCAAUAAUAAUAAUCUGCAUUCAUCUCAA